AUGGAUGAGGAGCCAGUUCCGCCAACCCCUGUGCUGCUUCCAAUUUUUGCACAACUUUCUGCACGUACGUGCCCGCUUCGAAGAGUCAACCUAUCUCAGAGCCCGCUUUCAACAGCCUGCGUACAAGCUCUAGCAAGCUGCCUGCCAACUUCCCCGCUGGAAGUCUUGACGUUGGACGAGUGCGCGUUGACGGAUGAUGGCCUGGAGGAGCUAGCCAUCAACGGCAUCAUCCGCAACCAAAUGUUACUUGAGCUGUCCUUGCGCCUGAACCAGUUCAGCGGAGAUGCUGGACCCCUGAACACGCUGCUGAGAGCUGCGAAAAGGCACGCGAGGCUAGCGCACCUGAACUUGGGACAGAAUAUCAUGCGCCCAGAGUGCAUCCCGGAGCUUUGUGAACUGCUUCAGAAAUCAGUUUCCUUGCUUUGCCUUCACCUACUAGGCAGCGAGGCCAGCUAUGCUCAGGACAACGUGAAGAUACAGGCUGCUUGCUAUCGUUGGGUCGCAGAGACAUCAGGCAUCGGCCUGCGGACGGACUCGGACGGUGCAGUGCUGGUGCCUGAACCUGCGCCCGGUGACGAGUAUAGUGAGCUAAUCUUAGGCCGGGCUCCGCACGUGGAGGGCCGAAAAGACUGGCUGGUGGCGACGCCACUUCCCAAACCGAUGGAAGUGCCCGCAUCACUGGAUGGAGUGCGUGAGGAGGUGGUUCUGGAGAACUGGAUGCAGGGCUGCUGCUGGAUUUCAGAGGCUGUGCGACAGGACCCGGGCUUUCGCAUUCCAGAGGAGCUGCCUGACGUCGCUCACGCAGAAGAGGAGAUUGGGCCGUGGAGCGAAGAUCCAACGCGAACCCAGGCCCUCAUGCAAUGUUGUGAGGUGGACAUCCAGUACAUCUACCUCACGGAUCUUUGCCAUGUUGAUGAUGAGGAAGGCAUCAAGAAAGCUCUGCGGGACCAGUACCACCUCUACUACGAGUGCUACGCCCGUUUUGCAGGGCGCUCACAGUGGCCGUUCAUCCGCUACGUGGACAUGUAUAGCGUCUUCGAGGAAGCCCGCCUAGUGGAUCGAAUCGAGGUGGGCCCAAACCAGCGCCGCCGCGCGGGUUCCAGGCGCAAUGCCCAGGCAGGGGCGGAAGAUUCCCGGAGCAAGCUCAGUAUGGCGGACGUGCACCAGAUGGUUGUCCAGAGCUUCGAGAAUCACCAGGAGGACCCGCCCCCAGCGGUAGGCAACGCCAAAGGCAGCGAGCAGCGGCAGCGCAACGACGAGGGCGCGCCUGUCAGUCGGCCGCAAUUCUUCGAGGUGAUGCUGAGAGCUGCGAUUGCCUGGGGAGGACGGGAGCUGUCCUCGUGCGAUGCUGUCCGCCGCUUUGCAGUGGACGUCAUUGCAGAGCGAUUGCUGAAACCUCCUGUUGCACCCUUUCCCAGGGGCCUGGCGCUGCGAGCUGGAGAGUUCAGUCGGCCUGACGGGCAAUGUAGAGGGGGCUGCAAAAGGCUGCAGUACUAUGACACCCUCCUACAACACAAAAAGACGCUGCAGGAGGCCUGGGAGCGCUUCGGCUACAAUGAGACUGCCUUCCAGCGCCUGGUGCAGUUAGUUCGCCUUUGUGAUCGGUCAUUCUCCUCCAAGCACGUGGCCUCCAUCUAUGCCUUGGCCAAGAAGCCCAACCCGAACUUCAGGGGUGCCAGCGGCCCCAGGGGCCUGAAGUAUCCCGAGUUCUGUGAGGCGGUGGGCCGCCUGGCAAUUGUUUGGAGCCGCAACGGCCGAACGCCGACCUGUUGCCCGAGGGAGGACGGCUCCACCCAUGACCGUGGCUGGCCUCCGCAGCCGCAAGUAGGUCGGCCGGUCCGGGAGAGGGCCAUGGCCUCGCGCCUGGACGGAUUCGUGGCACGCCUGGCACAGCGCAUGAAGCCCUCGGCUAGGGCAAGCACGGUGAUUCUGUAG